AUGACUUACUCAACCCAAUUCCAUAUCCCUGGAAGUUUCGUCGAUCACCCGGUAGCCGUCUCGGGCGCCUACCCGGAUGUUUUCCGACCACCCACAUCUCCGUCAGCGUCGAGCUCCGCCUUCCUGGCCAAAUCUGCGACAGUCGGGCUGACGGGUGCCGACUCGCUAGUAGCAAAUCAUGCGGCGAAGAGAAAGCGCGGACCCGAGCGCGACACGAGAGAAAACACGCCGGCGAGGGACUGGAACGGCGCGACGUCGACAUGGGAUGGCGAUGCCAGCAGGAGAUAUAUGCUAGCGGGCCAGCUCGAUACCCCGGGUAGCGGACGCCCCUCGGCCGUUGUGGAAGCCGGCGGCAUUAAUGUAGGCAGGGGCGGUGUAGACGAGGGCGCGGCGAUGGAAGAGAGCGUAUACUCGGACGUGGGAUAUCGGCGCGCCCUCGCCCCCGACUACGACACAAUGAUGGACUCGCCCAGCGGCCUCUUUGGCCCCAUCGCCAUGCCACAACCUCCGACACCCUCCUCUGCCGGCUGGAGCCGGUUCGCGCUAGGAGCGAUCGGCGGAGUCGUAGGGAAGGUCUGGGAAUUCUGCAAGGCGGGCGCGUUCAAGGGGUUUAUAGCGGGAGGCGGAAAGGGCGUUCCAGCCUUUGCCACCACACCCGACUCAACACCAUCGCGGCCGGCCGCGAAGCGCAGACAAGUCCGCGAAGUGAGAAACGAGGAUGAUCUUGGACGCAACUGGGUCAUUGUUGGUGAUCCGACGGGCGAGCGUCGGCGGCGGACCACAACAGGGGGCGUAUGGGAAUGGGACUGCCGGCGGUGCCCGUUCCUCCCACUCCCGGCGUUCCUCUCGCAACAUGUCUCCUUCGGUAACUACCGGACGGAGAAUCAACGUCCCGGUCCCCCGCCUCAGCACCGCAACCACCACUCCUGCCUUUUCCCGGCGACAUUCGCACCGCGUCUCGCACGUGGGCUCUCCCUCGUACUCCAACAGGGAGCCAGCCAGCUACGCGAGUCCUCGCCCGGCAUCGCGGCUAUCUCCCUCAGCUCCACCACCACCAUCCUCAUCAUCCUAUAUGCCUCUUUCCCCUUCGAGGAUCCCCGUGCCCUCGGCAAGGCUAUCUUCAUCCCAACCAGGCCAGGGCCAUCGACGGACGAAUAG